AUGGGCGGGAGCCUCAGCAAACGGGAGGCGGUGGAGGCGGGAACAGCCCAUUCAACCCCUCCAGUCCCUCCCACGUUCCCGCCCAUUGCGGGGCAGCGGCGCAGACGGAAUGUCCUGCGGCCCAAACCUCCUGCUCCUGCCACACAGCGCCCAGCGUUCUCCCCCUCCUCCUCCUCUCCCAGCACGGAAAGGUUCUUGGAAAGAGCAAACAGGCCCCAGCCCAGGCGCCGGCUCCUCCCGGGCCCCGCGGAGGACACAGGCAGCGCGGCCGCUGCCGCCGCCUCCGCUGCGGCUUCCCCGGCCCGAGCUCCGCCGCUCGGCAGCGCGGCCGCCGGCCCCGAGCCGCCGCUGUCCCGUUGCCAGGAGCGAACGCCUGGGGAUGGCCGGCCCGGGGCGCUUGAGGGGCGCUCGGGGGCCGCUCCUGGCCCCGGGCCGAGCGCUGACAGCCGCGUCCCGCCGGCAGGGAAGGCGCAGCAGGGCCUGAAGGAGCAGUACCGGCUGGGUUCCCUGCUGGGCCGCGGCGGCUUCGGCAGCAUCUUUGUGGCCACGCGGCUCUCGGACGGCGCCCCGGUGGCCAUCAAAAGGGUGCCAUGGAACCGUGUCCUGCACUGGGACGAGCUGCCCGACGGCACCAGCGCACCCCUGGAGAUCGUGCCGCUGGCCAAGGUGUCCACUUUCACGACAGGCACUGACCCAAAGCAGUCUCUGGACCUGCACCAUUUCAUUCGGGCACGGGGGUUCCUGUCCGAGGAGGUGGCGCGGGAGCUGUUCCGCCAGGUGCUGGGGGCCGUGCGGCACUGCACCAGCUGCGGGGUCCUGCACAGGGACAUCAAACCCCAGAACAUCCUGGCUGACCUGGCCACCGGGCAGGCCAAGUUGAUCGACUUUGGCUGUGGCACCUACCUGCAAGACACAGCCUACACUCACUUUGCAGGAACACGGUCAUACAGCCCCCCGGAAUGGACCCAUUUUGGCUGGUACUAUGGCAAGCCAGCUACCAUCUGGUCCCUGGGCAUCGUGCUGCACCAGAUGGUCUGCGGGGAGCACCCUUUCAGGGGGUGCCAGAACAUCAGCUGGGGCCAUCAGCUCUCACUGCCACAACGUCUCUCUCAAGCGUGCCAAGAUCUGAUCAGGCGGUGUUUAUCCAUGGUGGACUUGGAAAGGCCCUCGUUAGGAGAGCUGUUGUGUGAUCCCUGGAUGCAGGACAUUCAUCUGCCCUAGAAGAAGGGAAAGAGCCACAGGCACACUCUGAUGCAGGGCCCUGGUAAGUUACAGCUCCACACACGCCUUGGCAAUCAGAAGCAAAGGAACCCAGACUUUUUGGUCCUG